UUUGUUCAAGUUGAUGUUAGUAAAGUUCAGCAGCAAAAGAAGGGAGCAUUUCCAUGAGGAUUACAGCUGUUUUUUACCGGGAUGAUUUCGGUACAUUAUAAAGAUAAAGUGUCCUCUGAUAACGAUGAUGAAGAUGAUGGUCGUGGUUCACGGUCGUCUCCGAUCACCGAGCGCUCAGUUCGUGCGUCACGUCUGCCGUUCAGCGUUGAAGCGCUAAUGUCGAAGACAUCGCGCAACGAGAAAAGCGCGCAGGACGCGACCCCGGUGCCAUGCGUCAUAAAGCAGGACGAGCGAUCCGUGGACUCUUCACAACAUUGUGUAUUUGUCAAAGAGGAAUCUGCGUCCUGGAUCCAUAAACCCAUAUCAACACCACCACGAACACAGAGUCCUGCGACAUGCCCUCUCAGGAAACACAAAACAAACCGUAAACCUCGAACCCCUUUCACCACCACUCAGCUCUUGGCCCUCGAGCGGAGGUUUCGUCAGAAGCAAUACCUGUCUAUAGCAGAACGAGCUGAAUUUUCCAACUCCCUCAGCCUGACUGAGACGCAGGUGAAGAUCUGGUUCCAGAACCGAAGGGCGAAGGCCAAGCGACUUCAGGAAGCGGAGCUCGAAAGGCUUAAAAUGACCACCAAACCUAUUUUACAUCCUGGCCUCACUUUGCCAUUUCCACUUUGCUCACAAUCCCAGACAGCAGCACUGUUCUGCGGACAGUCAUUUCCAUUUCAUAGACACAUGCUGCCUAUUCCACCUGUUGGAAUAUACUCGACACCAAUGGGCUACAGUAUAUACCCUCUCUCAAAAGAUGGGUUCUCUGUGGAUCCGGUCUAGAGAAGCUGUAGUAUCUACGUUUAUUAUUGUGUCAAGGAAACACAUCUGCUGGACAUACUGACAUUCCUGAAAUGUUCAAUAGGAGAUUAAGGUUUAAGGAUACGAGAUGGUAUAGAUGAUAUUAAUCCUUUUUAAAUGGCAACAUCUGUACUUCCAAGACAACAGAGAGUGGUUUGAAAUUUGUUCAUUUUGAGUUGCAGUUUAUCUUAAUUUAUAGUGUUAUAAAACGUAAUGGUUUUUGGAUUUCUUUUCAAAUAUUCGACAAAACAGCAUUUUGGAUUAAAAUAUUGAUUCAAGUUGAGUUUUGUUUCAAAGGGUGGUUUAAACUUUUGUAAAAAAUUUAGUUGUAAAUAAUAAAUAAUAUGAAUAAAUGUGAUCCUCUGGACCACAAAACCAGUCAUAAGUCGCACAGGUAUAUUUGUAGAAAUAGCCAACAAUACAUAGUAUAUCUAUUAGAAUAAUAGAUUUUUAUGCUAUAAAUCAUUAGGAUAUUAAGUAAAGAUCCAGGAAGAUAUUUUGUACAUUUCCUACCUUAAAUAUAAAAAAGAUUUAUCAUUAUUAAUGUGUUUUGCUACACUGUAAAAAAAGAUUUGUUGGUUCAACUUAAAAAAAUAAGUGUUUGUGCAUAAAAUUUGUUUAAUUCAUUAUUUGAGUUAAUUCAACU